GACAUGACGUCAGUACGUGCUUGAGCCUGCCCGAAAAUGCUCUCCCGUGUUGUUGGAUUUCGAAAGAGAGCAAGACUUUGCGAUGAAAUAAUACAUUUUUACCCGUGUGGAAAACAAAAGCAAACCGCAUGUUUUUAAACUGGAGUUAUUCGCGUUCCCAUUAAGUGGUGAAACGGUGUUUUUUGGGGGGACUCCGACGGGAAGUUUGUGUGAUCGUUUUUUCCCGGAGUGAUGUCGAAUCCUGGGACUCGGCGGAACGGGUCCAGCAUCAAAAUCCGACUGACAGUAUUAUGUGCCAAGAACCUCGCUAAGAAAGACUUCUUUCGCCUGCCAGAUCCAUUCGCCAAGGUUGUGGUGGACGGAUCGGGUCAAUGCCACUCUACAGACACAGUCAAGAGCACACUGGACCCCAAAUGGAAUCAGCACUAUGACCUCUACAUUGGAAAGACGGACUCCAUCACCAUCAGCAUAUGGAACCACAAGAAGAUCCAUAAACGACAAGGGGCGGGCUUCCUGGGCUGCAUACGACUGCUCUCCAACGCCAUCAGCAGGCUAAAAGACACAGGAUACCAGCGUCUAGAUCUAUGUAAGCUGAACCCGUCGGACAGUGACGCGGUGCGGGGGCAGAUAGUAGUGAGCUUACAGACGAGAGACCGCAUCGGCAGUGGAGGUCCCGUGGUGGACUGUAGAGGACUGUUAGAAAACGAUGGGCCUGUGUUUGAGGGAUGUUUCAGUGAAGAGCCGCUGCCCUACUCGGACCCCACCGGGGCGGCAGGGGGCGGGAACUGUCGACUUGACUCACCCGGUCAGGAGGGCCGCCUUCAGACGCAGCGAAUCAGAGGGCAGGACUCAAGAGGCCAUGGCCACACCCCUCAGAACAGACCGCAUGGGCACCAACCGCCUGACCUGCCGGAGGGAUACGAGCAACGGACAACAGUGCAGGGCCAGGUGUACUUCCUUCACACGCAGACGGGCGUCAGCACCUGGCACGACCCUCGGAUACCGCGGGACCUGGCCAGUGUGAGCUGUGAGGAGCUUGGGCCGCUGCCAGCGGGCUGGGAGGUCCGGAGCACGGUGUCGGGCCGGAUCUACUUUGUGGACCACAACAACCGAACCACGCAGUUCACAGACCCGCGCCUACACACCAUUAUCAGCCAGCAGUCCCAAGCGAAAGAGUCCUCACAAGCCCCCCAGAUGGACGUGGGGGGCGAGGAAGGGGUAGUUGGCGGAGGAGUCGGCGGAGGAGACGGAGACGUGGCGGCGCGCUACGAGAGAGACUUGGUCCAUAAGUUAAAGCUGCUCCGCCACGAGCUGUCCUUGCAGCAGCCUCAAGCAGGACACUGUCGCAUAGAGGUGUCCCGGGAGGAGAUCUUUGAGGAGUCAUAUCGGCAAAUAAUGAAGAUGAGGCCCAAAGACCUGAAGAAGCGUCUGAUGGUGAAGUUCAGAGGAGAGGAGGGCCUUGACUAUGGGGGCGUGGCCAGGGAGUGGCUGUACCUGCUGUGUCAUGAAAUGUUGAACCCCUAUUACGGCCUGUUCCAGUACUCCACAGACAAUAUCUACACACUACAGAUCAACCCCGACUCCUCCAUCAACCCUGACCACCUGUCAUAUUUCCACUUUGUGGGCCGCGUGAUGGGCCUGGCCGUUUUUCACGGUCACUACAUCAACGGGAGCUUCACGCUGCCCUUCUACAAACAGCUGCUAGGCAAACCCAUCCAGCUCAACGACCUGGAGACCACCGACCCGGAGUUGCACAAGAGCCUCGUGUGGAUACUAGAGAACGACAUCACUUCAGUCCUCGACCACACAUUCUGCGUGGAGCACAAUGCCUUUGGGAAGUUCUCACAACAUGAACUCAAACCUAAUGGCCGCAAUAUCCCCGUCACUGAGGACAACAAAAAGGAAUACGUCAGGCUUUAUGUGAACUGGAGGUUUAUGCGUGGAAUAGAAGCCCAGUUUCUGGCUCUACAGAAGGGAUUCAGUGAGCUCAUCCCCCAGCACCUCCUCAAACCUUUCGACCAUAAAGAACUUGAGUUGAUCAUCGGUGGACUGGGGAAGAUCGAUCUUGCGGACUGGAAGACGAACACGCGGCUGAAGCACUGCACAAGCGAAAGCAACGUGGUGCGGUGGUUCUGGCAGGCGGUGGAGGCCUUCAGCGAGGAGAGGAGAGGACGCCUCCUGCAGUUCGUCACGGGCUCCACCAGAGUCCCUUUACAAGGGUUCAAAGCACUGCAGGGUUCUACAGGUUCUGCAGGACCAAGGCUCUUCACCAUCCACUUGAUAGACGCCAACACAGACAACCUGCCCAAGGCUCACACAUGUUUUAACCGGAUAGACGUCCCUCCCUACGAGUCUUACGAGAAGCUCUACGAGAAACUGCUGACGGCUGUGGAGGAGACCUGCGGCUUCGCUGUGGAGUGACCGAUCCACAAACCAACGGUCACGCUUGCACUUGCACACAAACUAUUUGACUUUUUACAUAUAUAUACACACAGACAUCAGCAGAAUAUCAAGUAUACACGGAGUAUACGGAGCGGCCAAGCAUCACAACAAACACGCGGCCUCCUGCCACCCCUUCACCACCGAACUGUUGGCGGUUAAAGGAGGAAGCACAGCGGGAGAGGAGAGGAUUAAAAAGAAGAAGAAGGAGAAGAAACGACAGACAAAAAAAUAAAGUAUUUUAAAAUUUUUCAGAUGUUUUGAAGAAGCAUUUUUAUCCUUCAGUUUUAACAAGCUAUGAUGUCAUUCUUCAGAAUGUCUACCACCACAGCGAAUUUGACUCGAGUCAAAAAAGGACAGAAUCGGCCAAUCACGUGCGAGCCUGGGAGCAGAGACCUUGAAUUCAGACGUGUGAAGAACAAGGCGGAGACUGAUUGUCUGUCUGUCUGUCUGUCUGUCUGUCUGUCUGUCUGUCUGUCUGUCUGACGAGCUGAUUGAGUAGUAUUCAUGCUUCAUGUUUAACCACUGUCGUGUACCAGAACGUGUGCAUGUACGUGUGAUUUUGUGAGAGUGUGAGUGGGAGUGUGUCGGAGACUGUGUGCGUGUGUGUGCGUGUGUGCG